CUGCUGCUUAAGUUGUGCUGUUGUUGCUGUUAUCAGUGAAGCAGGCAAAAGCUCUCAGCUUUCGACGCCAGCAGCAACAGCAACAGAAACAAACGGCAACAAAAACACAAACAAGCAGCACAAACAGCCAGAUUGCCUGUUAUUUUUAUGGCCGCUGCCAUUGUCGCUGCUGUGGCUAUAAUAAUAUGAAAAGUAAACAAAGUUGCUGGCUGUCGUCGUUUCGCCGCCGAGUUGUCAACAUCAACGCAACGCAAUGCUUUCCUAUCCUAUCCAGCUAGCCAAACUGUACUGAAAAUAAUGGCAACUACAGCUACAACUACAACGGCAACAACGGCUACGGCUACAACAAUGUUUUAUUAAGUUUCACGAAAUAUAUAUGAGCGAAAAGCUCUAUGCCUCGUUUGCUGAGACAGCAGCAACAGACAGCGGAACAGAACUGAACAGAACAGAACUGAAACGAACUGAACAGAAACCAACACAAACAAAUAGCACGGACAAAACGAAAAGAAACCGAACACAAAACCCCAGCAGAAAAGGCAAAAAAGCUGAAAAAGAGUCGUUGAGAAUGCUGUUUGUUUGCCAGCUCAAAAAUAAAUAGGAUUGUAUAUAAAUAUGUACGCACAUAGAUAGGAAAGUCUAAAAAUCAAAUAUUGGAGUGGCUAACGUAACUUCAAGUUGCCAUGUCUUGCAACAUGGCAGUAAUCCGUUCAAACCACUGUGGCUCUGUGAGGUACGAUACCGCCAACGAAUAUGACCACCUCAACGCGCAGCAGCAGCAACACAAAUAGCAGCAACAACCACAGCAGCGAGCACGAGGAGCGAACCGCCAACGGCACCAACGCCUACAACCACCACAGUCCGACGGGUUCGGGAUCGGGAUCCGGAACAGCAGGCGCCUCCAUUGGAUCCACCAACCGAGUGAUGCAGGCGGACGAGGACUUCAACAUCCGAUUCGUCAACCUGGUGCGCACCCACAAGUGUCUCUACGACAAGAAGGUGCCCGAGUACCGCAACAGGGAUAACCAGGAAAAGGCUUGGGUGCUUAUUUCAAAGGAGACAAGAGAAAGCGUGAUCCAUUGCAAGGAGCGAUGGCGAAACCUUCGCGCCUGCCUCUCCCGCUACAUAAAGCAGCAAUCCGGUUCGGAGCCGCAGCACAAGCCAUACUACCUGACCGAGCACAUGGCGUUCCUGCUGCCCUUCCUGAAGUCCAGCCGUAACUCCUUGGAGGGGAACAACAGUCUGGCCACCCUGUACCAGAUGUCCCAGCAGCACCUGCAGCAUCAACCAUUUCUCCUGCACCCAGCGCUCCAUGAGACCGAGGAGCACAAGUACUGCGCCAACACUAGCAUCAAUAAUAAUAAUAAUAACAACAUCUCCAAUAAUGGCGAGAGUAUGGAGGUCUUGGAGAUGAAGUACUCGAUUUCGGAGAAGGACGAUGAGGAGACCAUCGACGCCUUUGAUCCCGCGGUCACCAACACCCUGGGUAUGAAUCGUACUUCGUCCACGCCCACACGCCUUUCCGCCCUUCAAGGAGGCGGAGGCAACUCACCGGCCAGAAGCGAUACCGCUAGUGCGGAUAGCAUGAAGAACUUCAUUCCGGAUGUGCAGCUGGCCGAGACGGGUUCGCAACUCAUCUACAGCGAUGGUGGACAUGGCACACCACCCCCGCUGCACUAUCACCCGCACUCGCAUCCACAUCCUUUGACGUUGUCCAUGGAACACCACCCAGCAUCAUACGAACCGGGCAGCACGAAAAGAAUCAAGACGGAAUGCGAGGCCACCAGCACGAUGACGAAUGCAGGAAGUAUUUACGGCGGACUGAGUUCGUCGGAAGUAGCGGACAUGGAGUUCUUCCGCAGCAUUCUCCCAGAUCUGGCGAAUCUCACUCCACAGCAGCGUCGCAAGUUCAAGAUUGGCAUUCUGGAGCUGAUUGACGACGUUGUAACCCGAUAUCCCGCCCAGGAUCACAGCAACGGAGGAGGAGUAUCUGGCGUACUCAACGGAAGUGGCGGUAGCAGCAAUGGGGGAUCUGUAAAGCAUCAAAGGCGCAGCUCUGGACGCGAUUGGAGGAAACAAUAAAGGAAUAUAAAGUGUAGCGGAAAGUCACUAAUCCUUAACUAGGGAUAGGAUAAGUUUAGCUAGAAGCUUAAGGGGUAUCUGAAGCUGGAAUGGGUACUAGUUCGAAUCUGAGCUACUUCAGUCCGCUCACUGUUAAUGUGUUGUGUCUACUCGAUAAGAUGGGUAUGUUUUCAAAGGCCUUAAAUUCUUUCAUGUCCAUGAACUGUUUCGAUUUUGACCAACUCUUAAAAAUGGUCCAUUUACAAAGAGCUACAAGAACUUUCAUGACAAUUUAAAAAAUAUAUGUAUAUUUGAACAACUAAUAGAUACAUUUUAAGCUAUUCCAAACAAAAAAUUCUACGGGCUAUUCCGAAAUCGAACACAUUUCAAUGAACAAGAAGUAAUGAGACCUCCUCUCCUUAUAAGCCAUUUAGUUCUUACGAAGCAGUUAAGGAAUUGUGAAAAUAGAUUUCAAGAUUUUAGAAAAUGGCUGCUUCGAAAAUAUGUUAGUUUAAGGACGCUGUAUAUAUGUUUGCUGCUAUUGAAGCCUAAACUAUAGAAUCUGUGUACAAAUGAAUUUCCGCUAAGGUAAACAAAGAGGGAUAAAGAGAUAGAUCGAUAUCAAACUGCUGUGUGUAAUAAUAAACAAGUGAAAGUAUGGAAAAUUA